UAAAGGCUCGAUCUAUAAAUGGUUGAUUGUUGACUUUCAUCUGCAGGUUCUAAAAAUCUCUCACAUGCAUAUUAUUGUGUUUAAUGUCCCUGAAAAUAACAUUAUACCUUACAAAGUGCAAUUUACCAAUGUUUAUCAAUUACUGCAAACAGCAUGGAUGUUUAUACUGUAUCUGGAUAAACUAAUCAAUCACCGCCUCUGGUUGUGUUCACAACUAUUCAGCGACUGAGGGCAGAGAGCUGGAGAUGCAACUAUGUUCUGACGUCAGCGUGCACAAGUCUUCCUCUGUGGAUCAGGCGCUCUGAAGAUGAGAGACCGCACGGUGCGUUUCUCUGCCGCGUGAAGAGUUUCACGAGCGGACGCUCUUUUGACUGACGACGCGUCGAUGGAAGUAAGUGACAAGUUUUCACAUUUCUCUCUGCUGUGGAGUCUCUCAACAUCCUGGAAGAGCGGAUCAUAAAAUCAAGUGGAAAACCAUGCGCUGUUCUGAUGCAUGGAGAGAUGGCAUGCGUGCUCCUCUUCACUCGACUUCUCCCCUUCUCGCACAGGCUCACGAGACCCUCCAUUGUCUUGUUGUCUCUUUUUCUGUCGUAUCUGUGCUACUGUGCACUCUUCCCCGUCUACACCAUCAUGCACAAGUCAGGUGAUUUGACACCGAGCUGUCAGCGCAUCCUGGUGGAUGGAGCCAGACGGCGCCUCCAGAAAUCCCUCACCUCCUGCGCGCUGCUGCUGGACGCGCGGCUGAGCAGCGCCAAUGCGGCGAGCCUCAGAAGAGGCGACCAGCGACCUUUUUCCACUCUCAACAGCGCCAGGAACGACACGCACAGUCCCAUUAUCAGCGCAAGGUUUGCCAACAAAAAGUUGCCCAAUGCUAUCAUAGUUGGUGUAAAGAAGGGAGGCACGAGAGCGGUGCUGGAGUUUAUAAGAGUCCAUCCGGACGUGCGCGCGGCUGGAACGGAGACGCACUUCUUUGACAGGAACUAUGACAGAGGCCUGGAGUGGUACAGACGUUUAAUGCCAAGGACUCUUGAAAGCCAAAUCACAAUGGAGAAGACACCAAGUUACUUUGUGACAAAAGAGACGCCGCGCCGGAUCUCCGCCAUGUCCCAGAACACCAAACUCAUCGUGGUGGUGCGAGACCCAGUCACUCGUGCAAUAUCAGACUACACUCAGACUUUAUCCAAAACCCCUGACUUGCCCAGUUUCCAGGAGCUGGCCUUCAGGAACCAGUGCCUGGGCAUCAUAGACACGUCAUGGAAUGCCAUUCGGAUCGGCCUUUACGCUCUUCACCUGGAAAACUGGCUGCGCUACUUCCCUCUGGCUCAGAUCCACUUUGUGAGUGGAGAGCAUCUUAUCACAGACCCAGCGGGGGAGCUGGCUCGGGUGCAGGAUUUCCUCGGGUUGAAGCGCAUCGUCACUGACAAACACUUCUAUUUCAACCGCACAAAGGGUUUCCCUUGCCUUAAGAAGCCGGAGAGGAGCGCCUCGCCCCGCUGCCUGGGCAAGUCCAAGGGCAGGACUCAUGUUCAGAUAGACAGGGACGCUAUCGAGCAAUUGCGGGACUUCUACAGACCCCACAAUGUCAAGUUUUAUGAAAUGGUGGGUCAUGAUUUCAGGUGGGAGUAAAGAAAAAAAUAACCUGGUACAAGACAGACGUAUGAGUCAACAGAACAAAAUCCGUUUGAAAUGAUCAGUUACCAGUCAGCAGCAGGAUCACAUGAUUUCUCUCCCUGUCACUGCAGAUUGCUGCUGACUAGAUUUACUGACUUAUGUAUGAGCGAGCGUGUGUGUGUGUGUGUGUGUGUGCGGGUAUUACUA